AUGUCCUCGACCACCUACCUGUGGGGGUGCUGCCUCUUUGGCUUCGCACUGUCCACCUACAUCAUGUAUACGUACAUGUCUUAUACGCGCGCACUGGCGGAAUACGACGCCGUGGAUUUGCCGCAGAACGCGGACGUGAGUUCGCGGUGGAUGGACAUGUCGCGCAACUUUGACGACGAGGUCGAAUUGGCCGAGAGGGCCAUGUUCUUACGGCGCAAGAGGGAGAAUCUGUGCCGCGAGGCGAGGGGGCACGUGCUGGAAGUGAGCGCGGGGACGGGGCGGAAUAUGGAUCUCUACAGGCUGGACCCGGCACUGACGUCGCGGGAGGAGAACAAAGUCAAGAGCCUGGUGGUGAACGAUCUGAGCGAGAUCAUGCUGUAUCAGGCGCAGAAGAAGUUCAAUGAGUUGCAGGACAAGAUUGCGGACGAGAGGAGGAAGUUCAAGGGGCCUGUGCAAUUUGUGGUGGGCGACGCGAGUGAUAGGCGAGUGAUCAAGAGGCCAGAGGGUGGGUUUGACACGAUUGUGCAGACGAUGGGGAUCUGCAGUGAGACGAAUGCCGUCGGGUUCUUGAAGAGGCUGGGCGAGCUGUGCAGACAGCCGGGCGAGAAGAGUACUGGGUUGGAUAUGAAGGUCGUGGAGAAAGAAGCGCGAGAACGGCUCGAAGAGCUCAAGGAAGCUCGGGAUUAUGGUGCCCUCGAACCGGAGCGAGAGCAGCUGGAUGCGCUCGUCGCUGAGGCAGGGGGGGACUUGGGAGGCAAGAUUCUCCUGCUCGAGCACGGACGGUCGAAGCUCGACUUCGUGAAUCGAAUCCUCGAUAACGGCGCAAAGAUGCACGCUGAUCACUAUGGGUGCUGGUGGAACAAGGACAUUGAGCAGGUAGUAAAGGAUAGUGGGCUGAUCGUGGAGCGGAAGAGAAGGUACCAUUUUGGAACGACCUACGAGUAUGUUUUGAGGCCUAGACCGAGACGCGAGCCUGAGAAAGCGGGUUUACCUGACGGGGAGGGAUCUCCAGUCAAUCCCAGUGAGAGUACAAAAGCGACGGGCUGGCUUGGAUGGUUCGGGAGGAGUUGA